CGGAGAUCUGGCUUGAUUCCGCCUCUGGCCUUGCCUCACUCCACCAGCUGAUCGCAACGAAAAUGGCCGCCUCUCUCACCACUCUCGCUCGUCGCUAUAUUUCCACCACUCUCCGCAAUGCCUCUGCUAGUGGAGGCGGCGCAGCCCAUGACGGUGGUGUGAAGCAAUGGAAGAUGCUGUCCUUUUUGGUUGCUCUUCCUGCUGUGGCACUCUGCAUGGUGAACGCUUUCAUGGCAGAACAUGAAGCACGGCCAGAAUUCAUUGCUUAUGAACACCUGCGACUUCGAACCAAGCGAUUCCCAUGGGGAGAAGGACAGAAGUCACUCUUCCACAAUUCCCAUGCUAAUGCUCUUCCUGAUGGAUAUGAAGAGGACGAGCACUAAAAUCCUCUGAAGACACUUUGAUUUUAGAUAUGAUUGUAAGUUAAAUGUAAAUUGUAUUACGAGACGAAGGUAAUUUUAUUUUUCAUCUGUGACUUAUUAUGUACAUACAGAGUUUGAGAGUCCAAGUAUGAGUUCUUCUUAUGAUACAUAAUUGGAAAAUAAAAGUGUAAAUGUA